ACAAACGUCUAACCUCAAAUGAUUUAAAUUUAGAAAAUGCACAAAGUACGACUUCAAAUUAAAAACGAGGAAAAAAUAUAUGUUAUUUGUCCAUUUAAUUGAAUUAUGUUAACAUUGAAUUAAAAAUAACGAGAUAGAUUAUGUCAGAAGAAUUUCAGACACCCAAGCAAAUGUCUAUUAAUUCCCCAGGUCCAAAAGUUUCUAUAAUUUCUGUUGCAUGUCGCAUUUGCUACGAUAACGAAAGAGAAGAAGAACUCAUAAAUCCAUGUCGUUGCAAAGGUACAGUAGCUUUUGUUCACCGAUCAUGCCUGGAGACUUGGCUGGGAGAAUCAAACACAACAACGUGUGAAUUAUGUCACCAGGAGUUUAAAACAGAGAGAACGCCACGAUUCUCUUCAAGAGAAUCGAUCUGUAGGUGGUGCUUCACAAAUUCUUCGGGAGGACAAGGAGUUAGAAGUGAUGUAAUAGCAUGCACACUUAUUACUCCCCUGGCUAUCGUAAUCACUUAUGUCUGCCUAUUCUCAUCUGAGUAUUACAACCAGAAAAAGUUCUCAAGCUUACCUGCUGCACGAUGGACUUCAAUUUCAUUGCUCAUCAUGAUCGGUAUAAUGCUUAUCGGCUACUAUAUGUGGGUGUACUCUGUGAUAAGAAUGCAUGCCAGGCUGUGGUACAAUUGGUGGCAAAGAACAUGUGAAGUUCGAUACAUACCACCUAGCACCAUAAAUAUUACUGGGGGAACCCCAUCAACAGUCCUAACAGGUCACCCCAACACGCCUGUACCUAAUUUAAACGAGGGAGAAAAUGAAACUGCUAUUACUGUAUCAGGGGAAGAAAUUAAUCAGCAAGAAGUAAAACGUAGUGACCAUGUUGUUGUUAUCGUCGAAGAUGACGCAAGAGCGGGUACCAGUUUUGAAAGCAUAGUUUGAAUGUAAAAGUUUGCAAUUCCCCUACAUUUAUUCAUUAUUAAAAAUUAAUUAUAAGAAAAUUGGUUUUAGAUUGCUCUAAACUGUUUAUUUCUGUAAUUUAUACAUACAGCAUUUUCAAAAACUAAGAUCUGAGGUCAGAUUGACCAGUAGCAAGCGUUUUCUGAUUUCAGAGAAAUGCGCAUCACAAGUAUUCGAAGCUCGGAUGUAAAAUUUAAUAUAUUAAUUAUCUUUUUUAAGACACUGUUAAGACAAUCUUACAUAUUGGAUUAAUAUGAUCACAGUUUCCAAAAAAUUCUAUAUCGAAUGUUAGACAAAGUGGGAAAUAUCUGGGAAGGUGUCAGACCUCAUAACAAUCAGAAAAAAAGUCCCAUAAUAACAAGUGGUUUAAAAUUCAUUGAGAUACAGGGUGUUAAAUGUUCCACCCCAUUUUCUUUUAUAAUUUUGGAAAGCUGUAUCAUCUGGCCGGCUUGAAAUAAUUCAUUGUUUGUGUUGGGAAAUAUUUUGGAUACCUCAUCAAGGGCGCGGUUGGGGGGUAGUAUAGAACUUAUGAUUGUUUUUAAAAUGAUGUGUCACUUUUUGGCAACAGUGAUACUAUUUUCUUAAAGAAAGAAAUAAUUAGACAAGGUGUUCUUGUCCUUUAAAAUACCAAAAUGUGUAUUAAAAUUAAUAAACUGUAACUUUGAGAAAGGCAUUCAAAAUGUUCUCUUGCUCUGUACACACUUUUGAGCCCUUCUUUCUACAA